AUGGACCCCCUACCGCAAACAGACCCCACCAAAAUGGCCGAGGCCAGCGUGCCCGACACCUUCCGCAUCAUGAACACCGUCGUAGCCCCAACCCUCGCCAAAGGCGUCAUCAAGCGCCGCCCCUCGGUCGAAGCCCUCGCCCAACACCGCGGGCUCGACACCAAGGCCGUCGAGCUCCUUCAGGACCUGCGCGAAAAGUACGGCGGGGGCCCCUUGCUCCUCCGGUUUCCCUUCCGCUCGCAGAUCCUGCUCCUCGACCCGGAGCACGUGGCGCAAGUGCUCUCGGAGACCCCCUCGCCUUUCACGGCCGCCACCAAGGAGAAGAAGACGGCGCUCGCCCACCUCGAGCCCGAAAACGUGCUCAUCGCCGGGGAGGCUAGGCGAGAGGAGCUGAGGCCGGUACACGAGCACGCGCUGGCCACGGACCAGAGGGUGCACCCGCUCGCGAAGCACUUUAAAGACAUUAUCCACGCCGAGGCCGAGGUCGUGCGGCGCAUCGUGCUCGGCGACGCGGCGACCGAGGACGAGAGCAUCUCCAACGACCUGAGCGACAUCCGCGGGCGCGGCAACUGGGGCUUCGCGGCCUCAACAAACAAGAGCAAGCUCGAGAGCUUCCAGAAGCAGCUGGGCCAGUACCUCGACAAAGGCGAGGAGGGCAGCCUGGUGUCUCGCCUACCCAGGGACUCGGACCUCGACCUGGAGAGCCAGGUGGCGCACUGGCUCUUCGCCUUUGACCCCGCGGGCAUGCAGGCCGAGGCGGCGCGGGAGGCGACGACGACGACGGCCGCGGGAUCUGGUGGUGGCGGGGAGGAUCACCCGUUUACGCGGGGCGUGUUUCUGGAGGCUGUGCGUCUGUGGCCGACCACGCCGGUGAUUCUACGCGAGGCGACCGAGGACUGCGAGGUGGGCGGGUUUACCGUGGCCAAGGGCACGGGCGUCAUCAUCUUUGAGCCGUUUUUCCACCGCGACGGCCAGAGGCUCAAUUUCGCCCAUCACAUGUCGCCCGAGAACUGGGCCAAGGGGACGCCGUCAUGGCCGUAG